UCUGUUGCCAGUUGCCGAGUUACAUUGAACUAUGGCGAGCACUGGAAUAAGCUACUGUUUUAUGAGUUGAACCCCCUUUUUAUGUCUAAUAUUUUCAGAUAUAGCUAUGCCGAUUAUGGCAGAUGUAAAUAACCACCCAGAAGAAGUUGGGCAAAUACUAGUGAAGGUUCAAGAAGACCUUCACCAGUUGAAGCACAAAUUGCUCACCCAAGCUCAAAAUGGGACUAUUGAUUUGACAGCUCUAGAGAAUGCUAUCAACAAAACUGAACAUGAUUUAAAGGUGAGGUCAGAGCAGGUAGUUGGAGAGAUCAACCAGCAGUUUUCCACUCUACCAUCUCUAGAGGCACAACUGCAACAGAGGGAACAAUCUUACACAGGGCCUGUUGUAGAGUCAACAUGGGACCUUCAGAGAGGAGACGAGAUCAGGAGACCCGGCAGCAGGACCUUGAUAGAAACAAGCGAGCUCCUCAGUUUUCCACUCCUGCCAAUCCAUGGGGGUAUGGAUACACAGCCUGUCCUAACCCUGGGGAGAAAGACACCAAGAUACCAAUUAACUGGAGCUACACCUGGUCAGAAGCUGAAACAAGUCUGGAGCAUGAGAGUUGCCCAGAAUCCUCACAACCCUCAGAACAGAACAGUGAUGCAGGACAACUUUGGGGUACAGUUGCCACAGCUGGAGGACAGGAAAUCUGCAACACCAUCCAGUGCAAAAAUUGUAAAGGGAAACACAGUGGAACACCUUACAGUCCUCCCCAAGGCUAACAGAGUAGAUCCACAGUUGAUCCCACCAGCUAUAUCUGAAGAUGAUGCCAAGCAUGGUAUUUUAAGUCUGAUAGAGAGGGGCCUCAUUCCUCCUGCCGCGGAGUUGACCCUUGAUCCCUCACCAGUCCACCACAGGAUGGCACCACUGCAUGAUCCUAUGGAAAAAUCUGGAGAAAAGGCAAAACCCUCUCCAAUGAGUGAUGGGAGCUUUAACCUUGCCAGUAUAAAGUUGGACACAAACUUCAAAGCAACAGAGAGCACAGUGUCAUCAGUGGUUCGUGGCAUCAGACCCUCUCCACCCACACAUGGGAAACAUAGGAAAGGAGCAGAACAACCAUCAAAGACUCCAGUCAUGGCAAAGAAGUUUGAAAUGCCUUUACAACCCAUGCCAGAGCGUCCUGCAACCAAUGCUGUGAUUAUGGAACUCUUAGAACAGACAGCAGUCACCCCCAUCGGACAAGUUCCACCCCCAACUACUCCAGCCAGUGGUGACUUCAAAGCAUCAAACUAUCGUUUUGCUAUGCAACAUGGCAAAGUCAGGGAUACUGCGCCAGAUUUUCUUGCCUUCAAGCAGCAUUAUUGUCUGUCCUGGGGUGCCAUUGUGUCCAUGUUCAAGCACCUCGAAAGGAUGUUGACAGAAUAUGCUGUACCUGUGGCAUUUAUUCAUGGAGACAGGCUGGCUGACCUAUCUCUGGAGUAUGAGCUGGACUCCCAACCAACUCUUGAUGACUUGCUGAGUGUCAUCAUUAACAAAGAAGAUGUGGAGUCUAUCUUGAAAAGACCCGGCCGUAGGUAUCUAGGCCCUGAUGGGGAGUUUGCCGCAGCAACUAAGAUCCAAGCUACAUGGAAACGAUUCCGGGAUAGGAGGAAGUACCUGGAAUACAGAAGGUUGAAGUGGGCAUCAGGAGUCAUUGCCAUUACAUGGGUCAUGAAUGUCAAAAUGUCACAGGUCAGAAAACAACUGAAGAGAACACGGAUUGCUGAGCUUGAAGGUUUUAGAAAGAGAGCAAAGCUGUUAUCAACACAGUGGAACAGAAUGAAGCAUUCCAAACGUGUAAUCAUUCACGUUCCUUCCCUUGGCUACAACCAACCAAUCAGAGACAGUAUCAAAGACUUUGGAAUACGUCAAAAUGCUCAAAUGGGAAGAUUAUGUGACCUGAAAGACCCCAAUGUAGAUGUGAUCUACAUAUCCCCUGUGCCUGUGAAUGAUGAGACAGUCCAGUAUUACACCAAGUUGCUAGGGCUCAAAUCAGCUAUUGACAGUGGAGAUGUGGACAAGCAGGGAGAUAUGACAGACAGAUAUAAGAUCAUUGUACCUGAAGCUAUUAAGAGUUUUCCAACCCACAGAAUGUGCCUUGCUACUCAUCUGAAGUACAGCCCUAGAGCUCUACGGAGGAUAAAGAAUCUGAUACGUGGCCGAGAUGCUUACAUUGUUCCAGGGAUGCCACACAAGGAUGACCUGUCGGUUGCUCAUAUCCUGAACAUCCCCCUGUUGUGUACAGAGCCAGAGAUAGCGCAUCUCUACACAUCUAAAUCUGGUGCUAAGAGAAUCUUCCAAAGUGCUAAUGUAGCCAUUCCGCCAUCAGAGUUUGAUGUGUACAGCCUGCCACAGCUUCAUGAAAGUCUUGCUCAACUAGUCACAGACAACCUUGAAGUCAAGACCUGGGUGUUGAAAAUCGAUGAUGAAUUUGACGGCAGAGGAAUAGCAUACUGCAAUGUUACCACUUACUUGGAGAGUCACCAGUGGGCUUUGAAGGAAGCCAAGAGAUAUGGAGACAAGUGGUCAAAGAAAUGGGCACAGGAACAAGUCUUUAUGAAGAUACAGUCAGAAAUUCCAGACAUUCUAGAGCACUGGUGUUUUCCAGUGGAUUCAAAAGUAUAUCCAACAUGGCCAGCAUUUUUAGAUGCUUUCCUAGCCAAAGGUGGUAUUAUAGAGGCGCGUCCUCCUGCAGAAGACAUAACUGCCCUAACAGCGGACAUGUUACUGGAGCCCAAUGGGAAGAUCAGUAUAGUAUCCCUUGGGGAUCAGAUCCAUGCAGAGACCCCUUAUAAAUGCUGGGGUCUGUCAGUGCCACAGUCUUCAGUGGAGCCAGCCCAGCUCAACGAUGCAUGCAUGAGGAUAGCUGAAGCUUGCAAGGCCAGGGGUGUCGUUGGCUACUUCACCAUAGACUUUGUUACUUUUAUAGACCCCAAAACUGAUGACCAGGUACUGUGGGCAGUGGACCUCAGCCUGUCCUACAGCGACUCUACUACCAUGAACAAUCUGCUGCAGUUUGUGGCUGGUGGAAAGUUGGACAUUAACACUCAUAUCUAUAACAUUCCACCUCCAAAGAAGGAACCAAAAAAGAGGAGGCCUAAAGGAAGAGAGGAAGAAGAGGUUCCACCAAACACAAACAGGUUUGCUGUAAUGAGCACUCAGCUUGUCCAUUCCAAUUUGGCAGUGGUCCAUUAUAGUGUCUUCUUCCAAAUGUGUAGAGCUCAUGGGAUUGGCUUUGAUAUCAAGGAAAAGCAGGGGUCCAUAUUUACCUUAAUAGACAGUUUCAACAGGGAAAAUCUUGGCAUGAUAACUGUUGGUGACAACUUGCAAGGCACUCUUGGAGCAUUUGCCAGAAAUCUAUCUGUGAUACAUCAAGAGAUCUCAGCACCUAACAUGCAGGGAGAAUCAAAUUUUAAGGCUGUCAUUCAAGACAUUGAGAGCAUUCUGGGGACCACAGUCCUGAAUGCAGAUGAACAGACCAGACACGAAGACCAAGAGGACAGUAGCAGUCAGCAGGGUACACAUUCACAAACACAGUCAUAGCAUUUAGGAU